UCUGACAAGCCAGUGUGCAAAGUGGAGCAGGAUCGUCACCACUGAGAUAUCUCUUCUGAAGUCUUUUUUCGACUUCCUUAUGGAUUUUACAAGAUUAUCAAUAGAUCCAAGAACAGUUACAAACUUGAUUUAGAUCACAGAUUCAGCGUCUUCAAUCCUGCUUCUCUGGAUUAUCAUACUUUGCGAUAAACAUCGAACAUCUGUUUGUACUGACGUUGUCUCCACCGUGAAAAUGUUUAACAGAAUCAAACAGAAGAUUGAUAAGUUGAAGAACUUGGAUGAAAAAGAUUUAAAUCUGAUCGAUGAACUGCUAAAUGUACAUGACGAUGACGAUAGCUCUAAUAUUAACCGAGUGGUCAUCAAUGGCGCAGAGGCUAAAAAGGACAAGAACUCGUACUUGACCGGCUUUGGUAAUGAAUUCUCAUCAGAAGAUCCUCGAUGUCCGGGAGCAUUAUCCAAAACACAAAAUAAUCCACAGAAGUGUAAUUAUGGCCUUUAUGCUGAGCAGUUGACUGGAUCAGCUUUUACUAGCCCAAGGAAUCAAAGAAGCUGGCUUUACAGAAUCCGGCCAUCUGUUUGCCACACCCCGUUCAAGAGGAUAAGACAGGCCAACUUCACCAAUGACUGGCUGGAUGAUUUUCCUAACCCAAAUCAGCCUGUCGAAGAAGCUUCAAAUCAUCCCACUGUCAAGUUUUCAAAUGGUCCUUUUGAUGCCAAGAAAUCUGAAUCUGAAACUCAAGCCAAGGACAUAAAAGAUUCCUCUCAAACUACCAACUGGAAAGAAACCAUUGCUGGCGACUUAAAACAGUCGGCUAAAGAAACAACUGAAUCUAAUACUCCUGGUACCAGUAGGAAAGUCCUUGCAAAGGCUCAUUACUAUGACAGGGGUACGGAACCAGCAAAGGAACCUAAAGAGCUUCACAAGAAAGCUGACACGAGCACAGAAUCCGCAAAGGGACCUAGAAGAGAUCCUCCGCAAAAACUUGAGUCGAAACCUGAAAAGAAAUCGCCUGUCAAAAACUUAGGAUUUGACUAUGAGUUUGAACCUGAUCAACCUAAAUAUGCUCUUUCCAGUGAGCUGAGAUGGCACCCAUUCGACGUCCCGAAGAAGGAAGAAAAGGAGGUGGACUUUGUGAGAGGAUUGGCAACGCUAUGUGGUGCCGGCGAUCCACGGGCCAGGAAUGGCGUUGGUGUCCAUGUGUACCUGUGUAACAUCAGUAUGGGUGACAGGUGUUUCUACAACUCUGAUGGGGACUUCCUCAUUGUUCCGCAACAAGGUGUCCUGCAUCUCGUGACAGAGUUUGGCAAGAUGCAGGUCAGCCCUGGCGAGAUCUGUGUCCUCCAGCAAGGUAUCCGCUUCAACGUGGCGGUCGAGGGAGAGAGCAGGGGCUACAUCAUGGAGGUCUUCAAUUCACACUUUGAAUUGCCCAAUCUUGGAGUUGUUGGUGCCAAUGGUUUAGCCAGCCCUCGUCACUUCCUGACCCCUGUCGCCUGGUAUGAAGACAGAGACAAUGUGACUUAUUCAGUCAUCACAAAGUUCCAGGGGGCACUCUUUAUGGCUGAUCAGAACCAUUCGCCCUUUGAUGUUGUCGCCUGGCACGGAAACUAUGCCCCAUUCAAGUACAACUUGAAGAACUUCCAAGUCAUGGGCAGUGUCUCCUUUGACACGCCCGACUCCUCCCUGUACACCGUGCUGACUUGCCCUUCAAGGACCCCGGGAAUCCCUGCGGCAAGCUUCACCAUCUGCCCACCACGCUGGCACUGCGCAGAAAAGACUUUCAAGAAGCCCUACUUCCACAGAAGUGCGAUGAGUGAAGUCAUUGGUUUGCUCUAUGGUCAGUACGAAGGCAAGAACUCCAAGUUUCGGCCAGGUGGUGCGUGCCUCCACGGCAUGAUGUCGGCUCACGGCCCUGAUACGGAGACUUAUGAGAAAGGAGCCUCCACCAAUGAUGUCAAGCCUGCCAGGAUCGGUGAUGGAUCUCUGGCAUUCAAGUUUGAGUCCUCGUUCAGCAUGUCUGUGACCAAGUGGGGUAACGAGGCGUGCAAUAAGGUGGACCAUGAGUACUUCCUCUGCUGGCAAAACAUGAAGAGGAACUUCAACCCAGACGACAAGCCUGAUGAGGGAGAGCUAGCCCCACUGUCCAACAAGUCGACCCAUGAGCCCAUGUCUCUGGCUAGCCCCAAUAGGUCUAAGGCCUCUCGUGGUAUCUUCCCAUAUGGGCCACAAGUGCCAAGUGGAAGUCAGGACUGAGGAUUUGGCCAAUUGAAGAUAAGGCAUAUCAAUAUGAAAGGAACAACAAACUUUCCCUCGGCGCCAAAUCUGGAAGCUGAUAUACGCAUCCUCGAGUCUUACUGCUGCUUUUGUGGUGCAUCCGCAGUGACAUGCACCUCACUGUGAAAAGGACGGAGAACUAUAUAUCUUAUUCGUGAAUUUGUGAAAAAUAUUUAUGCCAAGUAUAUGUGUAUAUUUAUCUUCUACAAGUAGCUGGUGCUUCUAUGUAUAUCAAACUUUUUGCAAUUUUGGUCAUUCCAAAUUUUGGUGAGUGGCGACUUGGAUAUCCAAGGUUGCCAUGGGAACUCGAGUCUUUCACAAAUGAUCAAAAUGUACAUAGAUAAGCAAAUUUAUUUCUUUUAUGAGAGUACAGGGUUGAAAAAUAUUGCCCCAUUGAAAAUGUUUGUGAUAUUUCAAACCUGGUACAUGUAUUUGAUAAAAAAUUUGAGUGAGAAUCACAUUUAACAAAGAAGUGGGAUGUUUCCUGAUCGUUCAACAAUGUCAGCUGCUGAUCAAACCUGGUUAAAGGGUAAAAGAGGAGGAUAACUUGGAGUUUCUUGUCCUGUCCUACCAUCCUUUCAUUCGAUUUUUUGAAAUGAUUACCAUUUUCAAUUGGGAAAUAUCGUUGGCAGUUUGAUUUGGAUAACAUUUCUGGUAGGUUGCAGGGUAAUCCUCCGAUAUCAUUUGUUCUUGUUUUAUGAUACAAAAUGAUGAUGCAGUCAUGCCUGUGAAGUGUUGUUGGAAUUGCGUAAGGCUCCUGACCAUGGUUGGCUUUGUAUGUAGCAAUAGGGCCGUUUACACGGGACCAAACCGAUGUAGAUCAAUCCGGAUUGGUCUUCCGUAUAAACAUACACAAAUGUGUUCUGAUCUGAUUCGAUGCGAAUACUGAUGUCAUUUUGAGAAUACGGCAUUCAUGACAUCGAGAGCCAUGUGAUCUGAUCUGGUCUGGUUUGGUCCUGUGUAAACAGCCCUAGUAUCUAUUUCAAUUGGUUUUCAGUUUUCUCUGAAAUGCUUACUAAGGUUUUAGGCGUGGGUUAUGGGUGCAGAUUUAUUGUAAAUAUACUUGUAUUAUCAGUAUCUGUCCGAUAUUAUAUUCUCUCAAAGAUAUUCUUGAAGUAUUGGGUAAGAAGACUGUGGCAUAAUAUGUAACGUUAGUCUUUCAUCUGGAGCAAAAUAAGUUUGAAUAAAUAGGAUGGAGUUAAGGUUUGGCUGUUUAACUGUUAACAGAGGAUUGAAUGCUGAUAUCCCGGUGGUGGCAGGACUAAGCUUGACUAAAACCAAAUUUAGAGUAUUUUGCCAUGUAGUAUUUUCUUGUCUAAUAGCACUAGCUUAUUUGGGACAACCCCAUAUAGAAAGUUGUUAUCUUGGACUUGGUGGUAGGUCAGUAAUUGUAAAGGAAGAUGAUGGCAUUGCUUGCAUGUACCAAUUCAGUUAGAAUGGAGAGUCCAAAACAGGGCACUUAGAAAAUAUAGUUAUGUGGGUUACGGUGUUUUUUCCAUAUUCAAUAGACAUGGCCAUGUUCACUUGCUAUCGUAGAAUCUUCGAGGCAAUUGCCUCAGCUUUGAGCUAUUUGAGAUAUGAGUCUAGUGACCAGGGCCUGACAGCUCAAUCAACGUUUAGCAGUAAUGUUUGCAUUAAGUCCAAGCGUUUUAGAGUUAUUGCUGGCAUUUGUCUACAAUGGCAUUUGAGCAACUUGGACCCAUUUGUGACAAAUGUGCCACUAAAAUACCAAGCAUCAUCAAUUCAAGCUAAUUCUAUUAAGUUUUUCUGGUGAAAGUGAAACUGACUGUCCAUUUCUUAAGUUGGCAAAAAGUUUUUGGUUCAAAACUUCACUGUUAGUUGUGGAGAGAAUUAUUUGGCUUUAAAUUUAGUGCCUUGAAAUAAACGUUUUUGACAGUGCUCUUUCACUUACAGUCAUGAAGUAUCAAACAAAUUUGAAGCAACCCAAAAUGUUCAACAAACUGUGUAAGCCUUUAAUGAUCCAUAGUUGGCCAAAAAAAAGGAGAAGAAACAUUUUCAGUUCUUGGCUUCAUCAGUUUUACUUCCAAGACUCUAGCAUGAUUGUACCAUCAUGGAUGUUGGAACAUAUUGGUGAAUAAAAGUGCUAUUUGAA